AGAUUCCGAGGUGGUCGCAACCCGCAACCACGACGGACACCGCCUUCUCCCACAUACCGGGACCGGGGUGACACCACGGAGAGUUUCCCUUUGGAUUUCACCGCCGUCGAAGAGAACAUGGACAACUUCAUGACGCAGGUGAAGAACCUGGCGCAGUCCCUCUACCCGUGUUCGGCGCAGAAGCUCGACUAUGAUAUGAAGCUGCACUUUUUGGAAAAUACUUCAGUCACGUGCAACGAUGGAACUCCAGCAGGGUACUACAUGAAAGAGUCCAGAGGGAGCAGACGGUGGUUGAUAUUCUUGGACGGCGGCUGGUACUGCUUCAACAAAGAGAACUGUGACAGCCGAUACGACACCAUGAGGAGACUGAUGAGCUCGUCCAAGUGGCCUCAAACCAAAACAGGCACAGGGAUUCUGUCUCCACUCCCAGAGGAAAACCCUCACUGGUGGAACGCCAACAUGGUGUUCAUCCCCUACUGCUCUAGUGAUGUGUGGAGUGGUGCCUCAGCCAAGACGGACCACAGUGGCUACGCCUUCAUGGGGUCUCUGAUCAUUCAGGAGGUGGUGAAGGAUCUGCUGACCAAGGGGCUUGACAACGCCAAGGUUCUACUAUUGGCUGGCAGCAGUGCGGGGGGGACGGGGGUCCUGCUGAACGUGGACCCUGUGGCUGAGCUGCUGGAGGGUCUGGGGCACCCUGGGAUCCAGGUGAGGGGUCUGGCUGACUCAGGCUGGUUCCUGGACAACAAGCAGUACCGAUCUACUGACUGUCACGACACCAUCAGCUGUGCCCCCACGGAGGCCAUCAAGAGAGGCAUCAAGUACUGGGGCAGCGUGGUGCCAGAGAGGUGUAGACAGGUCCAUCUGGGGGAGGAGUGGAACUGUUUCUUUGGCUACAGAGUGUUCCCCUCCAUAAAGAGCCCAGUGUUCGUGGUCCAGUGGUUGUUUGACGAGGCCCAGCUGACCGUCGACAACAUCCAUCUGACCGGUCAGCCCGUCCAGGAAGGGCAGUGGCGGUACAUCCAGAACCUAGGCAUCGAGCUGAGGAACACGCUCAAAGAUGUCCCGGCCAUGUUUGCUCCAGCUUGCCUCUCACAUGAAGUCAUCACAAGGAAUUACUGGAUCGACGUUCAGGUCAAAGGCACCUCCCUUCCCCGAGCCCUGCACUGCUGGGACCGCAGUCUCCAAGACAACAGCCGGAGCAACAAGGCCCCUCCCAAGGGCUGCCCUGUCCAUUUGAUUGACAGCUGCCCCUGGCCACACUGCAACCCCACCUGCCCCACCAUCAGGGAUCAGUUCACGGGCCAGGAGAUGAACGUGAUCCAGUUCCUCAUGCACAUGGGCUUUGACGUGCAGAAGAUGGCCCAGCAGCAGGGCAUGGACCCCAGCAAGCUACUGGGGAUGCUGAGCAGCGGGAGCUAA